AAAAAGUGUGACGUAGUGAAGUGAUACGUUUGAAUAAGUGCGUCGCGAAGGCAUUAUCUAAAGUUCGCGGAAAUUCGCGUAGUGAUCUAUUCGUAACAAGUGAAGAAUUAGUCCGCAACCGAAAAUACAGGAAGUGCAAAAUAGUGGCCAAGGCUGGAAUCGUCAAGUCGUCACCAAAGUGGACCUCGAGUGUCGAAAGAUGUACUGGACCAAUGAACAAUACAAAUGGACAAGGGAAAGGCAGACGAAGAUCCUGGGGAUUAUCGCCGAGCUCUACGUAAUUCCAGAGAUGCAACAGUGAUGGACGGCGAGGGCACCCUGGGCCGUGGGCACGCGAACGGGGGCCGAGGCUUGCGUCGGCAACGGUCCCUGGAGUGGCGGGAACGACGUGGCUACGGUGGCGCUCCAGCAUCCAGCAGCGACGAGGAGGACAACACGCGUCAUGCCGUGGUGGGGCCCGUUACGUCAUCAGGACCCAAUAUAAGGGGAGCCCGAAGUCCUGGCCAGGUCUUCGCCUCCCUUCUGGCCCAGCAAUACGGAAAUCCUGCUGAGCGUUCCUAUCGUACUGGGUCUGAUACGGAGGGUGCUGCCACUACGGACAACCCAACGACCCCCUUUCCGACUCCUCCCCCAACUCUGACCCCCAACCACAGGCAGGCUUCGCCGUUUCCUCUCGAGAGCACCAAUUCUCGAAGACAUCAUUACAAUGGCAGCGUGACCUCCGACAGAUCUCGCAGCGGGGAAACAGUAUACGCAGCCCCGUCCAAGAAGAGUAACGCAGCUGGAGGCACCCUGGGUCGCAGAACACGUCGGGGUCAUGCAAGUGCCCUGAGCUCCAGCUCCACAGCCAGUGACAGGUCAGAGACGACCUACCCCGAGGAGCAUUCUCGUAUCCACCUGAGCAACGGUCUUUCCAGGCCGUCUUACUUUACGGACAACGGCAGAGACUCGCCACCGGAACCAGCCCCACCGGAAGUACCACCACGUGGACCGUCACUCCACGCAACCCACACCAUAAGAACCCAACAGAAUCGCAAUGGCUGCCCACCGAACGCAGUAUCAACUGCAGGUUACGCGAUACCCAGCGACCAGGUGCAACCUGAGAAUUAUACAGAAUACUUGAUGACGGGAAGUCCACGAAGCUACCCAGCAAGAUCACCAGGCGUCGCCUCGACCCCCACAGUUACUAGGCUGCCACCGCCACAACAGCAGGUGACGGUCGGCUCGUUGGGUGGCGCCGGGGCGCCCGUAGGUGCUGUGGGUGCAGGGUCACAGGGUCAACCAUUGGCGAUGCCAGUCUUUCCCUUAAGGGCUGCUACGGUGCCCCAUUACUCGCCCUACUCGCCGUCCCGUUUUCACAUUGACAAGCGAUGCCAGCAUCGAUGCUCCUGGAAAUGUUUUUCCAUCGCACUCAUACUGCUGGCUGUUGCGCUUACAGCGAUGCUCGCCUACUUUGCAGCUGUCAGUUCAAUGAGGCCCAUUGACAGCACCAACUGUAUUGUAGUUCAAGACGUCAAAGCUGUUACUCAUGAAAACGCACACGUUCACGAUCCCAUAUCCACGCAAUUGCCUACAGAAGAAUCAUUGCCAACCAGCACAGCAGAGCACUCGAGCGCAGUUGACAGCGCAGACCAGCAAAGCGACCCGCAGAUUCAACAAUCGGCUCAGCAAUGGCCAUCCGUGCUGGAAUUGCAGGCGUACAACAUGGCGCGUUCGGAAGUGAUACCGCCUUAUCACUUUUGGAACUUGGAAUUUCGCAAUAAGCAACCAGCUUUUAUCAGGCUGAACCUGACUCUGCCUUGGGGCGCCAAUUUCGCUGUGUACGGUCGUAGGAACGUGGCGCCCAGCGUCACGCAGUAUGAUUUUGCGGAAUUCGUUAAGGGGGGCAGAGUCGAUCAUCGAUUGAAGAGGGAAGCGAUACCGGAAGCCGUCAGUUUCAUGGAACGUCCGAUUUCCGGGGAGCAGCAGGCUAACUUCUAUGGUCACGUGCUGGUUAAACGCUCUCCAAUGGAACCCAUGCUCGUCAACGUGAGCCUACUUCAGUACCUGGACACUGGUCGCUGGUUCCUGUCUGUUUACAAUGAUGAACUUCAGCCCUAUAACGUCACCCUCAUCGUCACCGAAGCCGAGGGCGUCUCGACGACUUGUCCCAAUGACUGUUCCGGUCGAGGUUCUUGUUACCUGGGCAAGUGCGACUGCAUCGACGGCUAUCAGGGCGCUGACUGUAGCAAGAGCGUUUGUCCUGUCUUGUGUUCAUCCCACGGACAAUAUGGCGGCGGAGUAUGUCACUGUGAGGAUGGCUGGAAGGGUACGGAAUGCGACAUUCCUCUAGGUGAUUGUCAAGUACCUGAUUGCAAUCAGCAUGGACAGUGCGUGCGUGGAUCUUGCGUCUGCAAUCCUGGUUGGAAGGGAUCCUUUUGCGAUGAACCCGAUUGUCCUGAUCCCAGCUGCAAUGGACAUGGUGCCUGUGUAGCUGGCAAGUGCUACUGCAAGGCAGGUUGGCAGGGCGAAAGGUGCAAUCAGGUUGAUCAGCAGGUCUACCAGUGUCUACCCGGAUGCUCCGAUCACGGAAGUUACGAUCUGGAAUCGGCUUCCUGCAUCUGCGAAGAACAUUGGACCGGAGUGGACUGUUCUCAGCCAAGCUGCGGUCUGGAUUGCGGACCGCACGGUUCCUGCGAGCAAGGAAGAUGCAAGUGUCACGAUGAAUGGACCGGUACCAAGUGUGAUCAGAAACCUUGCGACCUACGUUGUGCAGAACAUGGACAAUGCAAAAAUGGUACCUGUGUCUGCAGUCAAGGCUGGAACGGUCGUCAUUGUACUCUUCCCGGAUGUGAAAACGGAUGUAGCAGACAUGGACUUUGCACCCUGCAAGACGGGGAGUACAGCUGCGAAUGUUCUACUGGCUGGGCUGGACGCGAUUGCAGCAUCCAACUCGAAAUGGAGUGCAACGACGACUUGGACAACGAUCAGGACGGAAUGCCCGAUUGCUCGGACAGCGAGUGUUGCACUCACGAGACCUGCUCGGAUCACAUAAUGUGUCUGGCGAGCAACGAUCCCGUCGAGGUGCUUUUACGUAAGCAGCCACCCAGCGUGACAGCGUCCUUUUAUCAGCGCGUGAAAUUCCUUAUCGAGGAGAAAAGCGUGCAGAGCUACGCGCGUAUCGACGAAUACAGUGAAAGUGAGUUCUGGAAUUCCUUUACACCGCGCCGCGUGGCCGUGAUGCGAGGCCAGGUUGUUACCGAGCAGGGACUCGGGAUAGUCGGAAUCCGAGUGUCCGUCGACAGGGAUUCCAGAUUCGGAUUUACUCUGACAAGAGCAGGCGGCUGGUUCGACGUACUCGUUAAUGGAGGUGGUGCUGUCACGCUUCAGUUUCAACGAAGUCCUUUUAAGCCUCUUACCAGGACUGUGUUUGUACCAUGGAAUCAGAUAGUAGUCCUGCCACCAGUGGCUAUGACGCUGAGCGAAGAAAGUGAAUCUUACAAGACCAAACAGCCACCAAGUCCUGCGGUUGGGUUCCCAGGUGUUUCCAUGGGUAUGUUCGUGGAGCAAGGUCCAUGUCUGGAGCAUGAUCACGAGACUUUGAGACCCAUAAUCGUGGGUACCUGGAUGCCUGAGAAAGUUGGUGGUCUACCUGGCAAGAGUUUGGUCUUUGCAGAGAGUCAAAUUGUACAGGAGAGCAUAGACAUCCCAGGAUCCAAUUUGCAUCUGAUGUACCAGAGUAGUCAGGCGGCGGGAUACAUGUCGACUGUGAGGAUGCAGUUGACUGGACCCAGCAUCCCAAAGUCAUUGACCCACGUACACGUUCACGUGGAGAUAGAAGGUUCUCUCCAUACGAAAACGUACGAGGCUGAUCCCAAUCUGACGCACACCUUCGCCUGGAACAAGUGGAACGUCUACAAGCAAAAGGUCUACGGAGUGGCCCAGGCCAGGAUAUCUAUUGGUUACCAGCAUUCUACGUGUCCGUCGAUCAUAUGGGAAACGCAGACAGCAACCAUGCAAGGCUUCGACGUGGACAUCUCUGACGUGGGUGGCUGGGGUCUGGAUAUUCAUCAUCAUUACAACUUCCACGAGGGUAUUCUACAGAAAGGAGACGGCUCCACUCUUCACUUCAAACAAUAUCCGCGAACCGUUAAAGUCGUCAUGGGCACGGGACUCCAGAGGAACCUCCUCUGCGAGAACUGCGAAGGUCUGGCUAAGGACGCACGACUCCUGACGCCCGUAGCACUGACCAGUGGACCUGACGGCUCUAUCUACGUCGGUGACUUCAAUCUGGUGCGCAGAAUCAAUCCUGAUGGAGAGGUCAACACCAUACUGAUCCUGAGCGCUACCCAAGUGGCUUAUCAGUAUUACCUCUGCGUAUCACCAGCUGACGGGCAUUUGUACAUAAGUGAUCCUGAGAAACAUCAAAUACUAAGAGCACUGUCUUUGACCAGCGUGCCAGAUCCAAGUAUCAACAUCGAACCGGUAGUAGGAAGUGGGGAACGGUGUAUUCCAGGAGAUGAGGGACACUGCGGCGACGAGGGUCCUGCGAUUCGUGCCAAGUUGGCUCAUCCCAAAGGAAUUGCUAUUGCUGCUGACAAGACCAUGUAUAUAGCAGACGGCACCAAUAUAAGAGCCGUCGACCCUCAAGGAAACAUUCAUACCCUGGUGGGUCAUCACGGGCACCAUAAUCAUUGGUCACCUGCUCCCUGUGCAGGGGCAAUUCCAGCACAUCAGGCACAACUUCAAUGGCCCACUGGAUUAACUCUGAGUCCUUUGGAUGGAUCUCUGCACUUUAUAGACGACCGUCUUGUUCUGAAGCUCACCAGUGACCUCAAGGUGCGCGUCGUGGCCGGAACACCCUUACACUGCACCAGUAAUGCCAACACUGAGAUGAAAGUUAACGUAACUGGACCAGGUACUAGAAAACCUGAUGAAGUCCUGGGUUCGGUCUUGGCCGUUGGCUUCAGCCCCACGGGAGAAUUGUAUAUUGCUGACAGCGAUUCCCAUCGAGUUAACUCCAUUAGGAUUGUGGAUUCGUCUGGGAAGAUGUCCUACUUUGCUGGCCAGAAUCAGGAACAUCUACGGGGACAAUGCGAGUGUAACAAUACCACGCCAACGUCUAAGGAUCAUGAAUCUUCGUGCGCGUGUACCGACGAUACCAGCUCCACGGAAACUCUGUUAUCAUCGAACGCCAAGUUCACUGCCAUUUCCGCUUUGGCCGUGUCGCCAGAUGGAGUUCUUCAUGUCGCUGACCAAGGCAGCCUGCACAUCUUAGCUCUGCAGCCCUAUCUGCCCAAUCACGAUGAUGCUGGCGAGUUUCAUAUUCCAUUCCCACCCUCUAACGAGGUUUACGUGUUUAACAGAUAUGGGCAACACGUGACCACCAAAGAUCUCACUUCCGGAAAAACAAGAUACUCUUUCCUGUACAGCAAGAACACGAGUUUUGGCAAAUUGUCGACUGUCACUGACAGUGCUGGCAGCAAGAUCCAGUUUCUGAGGGACUACAGCAACGUCGUGAGCUCCAUCGAGAAUACCCAGGAUCACAAAUCCGAGUUGAAAAUAUCUGGAGUUGGCUUCUUGGUGAAGCUGUCUGAGAGAGGAAGAUCCGAGAUUGCCCUGGAUUAUGACAGCGCUACUGGUCUUCUAACCAGUAGAUCAGGUGGAGGAGAGACCUAUAUUUACAACUACGACAGUCUAGGUCGUGUUACUGAUGUCAUUUUACCGACUGGUGAGAAGCUGAACCUUAACUCGGGACUGUCCACCGAGAAAGGAUUGAUUGUCAAGGUAUCAGCGCCAUUGCAAGCAUUGACUAAAGGAGAUAGUCAGAGGUUCCUGGAAUUCACCAUGAAGAACGAGAGGUCGAAGAUCCUCACUAUCACAGAUGGUACCAAGGUCAAGAAGGCUACCUCCUUUACCAACAGCAGCCUGGAAGUUCAUUUACCUGGUGGUGGAAAACUACUUAGUGCUGCUCAUGCGAAGCAUCCACUUUUAGAAGCAGCAUUACCAGUUGAGGCAGAAAUGCUGCCCAUGUGGAGCUAUCAGGUAAUGACCCUCGGUGAACUGACGAACUCCAUGACCACCAGCUACAAUCUGGUGGGUGACGUCAGCCAUCUUCAACAGACUCUCAACCGCGAGAUCUGGGUCAACGAUACUAGGGUCAUCGGAGUCGAGUUUGAACAAGCCUUCAGCAGGGAAACAUUCUACGACAAGAUCAGGAAUCCGCUGCUGACUGUCACCUUUGACCCGGCUGGUUUACCUCUGGCCUGGCAACCUUAUCAACAUGGGCAUAAUCUCACUAUCAGUUACGAUCGUUUCAAUAGGAUUGACAGUUGGCGCUGGGGACCUUCUGAUGAAUCCUACGCCUACGACAGGCAUGGACAACUCUCUGAGAUAAGCAAUAGUCAGAACGACACUAAGAGGUACACCUACAACGACUUCAACAUGCUCUCCAAGAUCACCCUUCCCAGCAACAGACACUUCUCACUUCAGUACGAUGACGACGGUGGACUAAGGCACAUAAUCCUACCAUCAGGAACCAAGCACUCGUUCUCGUGCCAGGCAUCCUUAGGCUUCCUCAGGGUGACCUACACUCCUCCAGGAAGUUCUAGAGCUUAUCUCCAGCAUUACAGCCAUGACGGUAACCUGCUGCAAACAGUCUUCCCCGGUGAUGGCGCUAGGAUCGUUUACAGAUACCACACGUCCGGACAAAUAGCUGAAGUGGUCCACGGUGACGGGAAGAGCGAGAUCAGGUACAUAGAAAACGGUCUACCAUCUGAAGUCAUCCAUUCCGAACGCGACGUGGACUACAAAUGGGACUACCAAUACAAUGCUGGUUUGCUGAUAGAAGAAAGGAUUGACUUUGAAGCUAAGACUGGUCUGAGCAAUGCUAAAUUCACUUUCGACUACGACUCCAACUUCAGGCUUAUAGCUGUUCAAGGUCGCAUAGGAGGCCAAACACUUCCAGCGCACAUUAUGGCAUACAGUCCACGCACGGGUACUCUGGAACAGAUCGGUCAGUUCAAAGUGACCAAGCCUCGAAUAAAUGAGACAACCGUCUUUGACGGCACCGCCAUUUUCUCGCGCACCACUGACGGACGUUUCCUGGAGACUCAAGUCACAGUCACCAUUCACGGAAUGGAAGUCUUCCGUAUGGAGUUCACCCACGACUCCUGUGGUCGCAUCAAUCAGACUAGGACCUACACCAGAAACGUCGGCGUGAACACCUAUACCAACGUCAAGAAUUACACCUGGGACUGCGACGGUCAGUUAACCGGGGUCGAAGCACAAGAACCAUGGGAAUUCCGAUACGACGCCAAUGGUAACAUGCUCUCACUGACUUAUCGCGGCAACACCAUACCAAUGGAGUAUAACGCCAUGGACCAUAUAGUCAAGUUUGGUGAUGGCCUGUACAAGUAUGACAAUCGUGGACUGGUCGUGCAGAAUGCACGUGAAGAAAGAUUCAGCUACAAUGCCAAAGGAUUGUUGGUUAGAGCCACGAAAAGGGGUCGUUUUGACGUGCGUUAUUACUAUGAUCAUCUAGACAGACUCGCUACGAGGAAAGACAACUAUGGCAAUGUCACGCAAUUCUUUUACAACAAUCAGCAACGACCCCACGAAGUCAGUCAGAUCUACAGUCCUAGAGACGGCAAGCUCAUGUCCCUGGUCUACGAUGAUAGAGGUCAUCUGAUCUACGCUCAGGUCUACAGGCACAAGUAUUACAUAGCUACCGAUCAAUGUGGCACGCCUACUAUGAUCUUUAAUCAAUAUGGUGAAGGUAUCAGAGAAAUCAUGAGGUCGCCAUAUGGUCAUAUCGUCUACGACUCGAAUCCUUAUCUUUAUUUGCCAGUCGAUUUCUGUGGUGGACUUUUGGAUCAGGUCACGUCCCUGGUACAUAUGCCUAAUGGAAAAGUUUAUGAUCCAUUGAUCGGUCAGUGGAUGUCGCCAUUGUGGGAAAACGUCCUGGACAGGAUAGCCACACCUACGCAUUUGAAUCUCUAUCGAUUCAAUGGUAACGAUCCCUUAGACGUGCGACAUCAUAGGCAGAAUCAGCCUACAGAUCACAUAUCCUGGCUGUCGCAUCUGGGUUACGACUUGAAGAGCCUAGCUCCACAGCUUUUCCCGGAAUCGUUACCAGACGGUCUGAUCCCACCAGCUCUGGGCCCGGGAACAUCAAUAUUUGGCAGUAAAGACAGAACGCGUAACUUGGGCGUGAAAUCCGGUUUCUUGGCACACAUAGCCCAGAGACACUCAGGCGACGCUGCUGGUCUAUCCGCACCUCCUCGAUCGGCCUUGAAAAAGGAUACCAGUGACCUAGUGCCAAAUCGUCUAGGCGCAGCCUCGGAUCCACCCUUCGGCAAGGGUAUCCUAGUCUCCAGGACGAUCGAUGGCCGCGCAGUUGUCUCCAGCGUCCCAGCAGCCAAUCGGAUUUACAACGACGUCUUCACGACCGUAUUCAACAGGUCACACUUCCUCCCGUUCACCUUCCUGGUGCACAGCGCACAGCAAGACGCAUUCUACUUCGUCAAGGAGGAGACGUGGAAGGUGGCCGAGGACAAGGGUCAGCUCAAGAGACUCGGCGGUCAAGUAAACACGACCUUCCACGGUAGCGAGAACGGAAGCGGAAGCAGCGGUGUGAUUGACGUUAAAAUUCAUGGAGCAAGUGCAGUAGUCAAUCUGAGGUAUGGUACCACUGCCGAAAAGGAGAAACAGAGGUUGUUGCACCAUGCCAAGGCUACGGCUGUCAGGAAGGCCUGGCACAGGGAACGCGAAGCUCUCAAAGGCAACACGCCGACCUCCAUCGAAUGGAUGGUCCCGGAACAGGACGAGAUCCUGAAGGUCGGUAUGGCCUCGAAUUACGAAGGCGAAUACGUUCACGAUGCCCAGGUCUAUCCGGAGCUCGCGGAGGAUCCCUACAACAUCAGAUUCGUGAAGAAGUCGUUGGAAACAACGAGCAAGAAGCGACGUCGAAGGAGAGGUGCACCACCCUCCUGUGAGCUAUGGUGGCUCGACAAGUUCUGCUAGGACGAGGGACUUUCUAGAUACUUGAAUUGGAUUGUAAGUAAUAACGACGUAAGGAGACAAGAGAGAUCAGCAAGUACGAAGAAACCGAGUAAGGAUUUCGCAUGGAUGGGCAAAAUCCAAAUACGGAAGUCCAAGCCGCUGCGCACGCUCAGCGUCCCAUGCACACACCGAACACUAUCAAAUGAAAAAAAAAAGUUUUAUACCAAAGUCUAUUUGUGUAUUUCAGAGAUGCCAAAAAAAAAGAACACUAACGUUAACGAUAUAAGGCUCUUUAGUCGUUAAGGAUCUAAUGAUGUCGCGCGAUGGGCUCAUGGAUAAUGUCCAUGAGAGCAAUGACUGAUUUCAUUCUCACGAAUCAGGGGAAAAAAGGGACUCUCGGCGAGGAGCUUCCUCGGGAUAAUGAAGGAUAUCUUCUGACGGUGUCUUUUAACCUUCGGGGACGUUUUGCGACUCCUUGAUACUUUUUUUCUCAAGACACUCCCCCGCCCUGAUCCUCGAGGGUCCCGAGGAUCGGGCAGCCCGCGUACAGAAGGGUCAAUCGGAUUCUAGUAUAAGGAAUAGAGGAAGAACGAAAAAAAGAAAAGGAACGUCACUAACUGGAUUCCAAAGGAUUAUUGCACAAGAACGGUCAAGUGGAUCAAGUUGGCAAUAGGGAUGGAGAGAAGAAAAAGAAAAAGAAGAAAACUAUCAGUAAGGCCAUUCGUAACCGAGCUGUGAAGUAUCGAGUGAGAGAACCUAGUCAAUACGUAGCAUAAAGAAGCUAAUUAUCCAUUGGG